AUGGCUGGCGACGGCGCGGCCACCACCGCGUCGCUCGAGCAGUACCACGACACUCUCGACACUCUCGUCAUCCGCACGACCCUGUUGUCGACGCUGUCCGGCGUGGUAGUCGCAAUGUCCGUCGUCUCCUUCGUGCUUCUCUGGCGACGCGACCUCCGCCAACGCGCCGUCCAGGCACUGCUCGCCGCGACCACGAUGCUCACAAUCUCGACCGCGCUCUUCUUCGCGGUGUCGAUCGUGGCCGCGUUCGCGACGGACGACAUCAUGUACCAACAAAGCGCAGGGCUCACCGCCAGCCCCGCUCGCGCCCGUCUUGUCUAUGCCAUGACCCUCACCGUCUUCAACACGCUGGGCUUCAACGCCGCGGUCGGCGACGCCGUCGUCAUAUGGCGCGCCGUGGCCCUCUGGGGGUACGCGCGCUGGGCCAUCAUCAUCGCGGGGGUGCUCAACUUGGCGACUCUCGUGAGCGGAUUUGUCGCUUUGGCAUACGGCGCUUCCAUCUACCGGGCGGCGAGCCGAGGCGCGGUUCCAGUCCCGUUCCAUCUCCCCGAGUUCCUCGACAUCAGAGCCGGGCUGGCCGGUGUCCUCUUCUCGCUGCUCACAAACGUCGUGGCCACCGCCCUCAUUAGCGCAAAGACAUGGAUCCACUGGCAGUCGGUUAGGCGGGGCUUGGCGAGACGGCGCGGGCUUCCACGCACGUUCCACCUCCUGCUGCUCCUCAUCGAGACCGGGAUCGCCUACUCGCUGUGUUGGGUCUUCAUCGCCGUCUUCUUCGGCGUGCACAUCGCGCACGACGUCGGCACCCCGGGCCUGUUCGACGUCGCCGGCCGCGUCUUCAUCCUCUCGUGCAUCGUGCCGCUCAUCGCCGUCUACCCCAUGGCGCUCAUCGCCAUCUUCGCUGCCAAGCAGUCGACGCUGCAGGAGGCGACGCGGUUCAGCACCGGGCCCAUCAGCCUGCACACGCUCUCGCACGCGUCCCACGACGACGUCAGCGUCGAUCGCGCCGAUGACAAGAUCGGGAAUGAGAGCGAGGGGAGCAUCGUCACACGGUAG